GCAGCCGGAUGUGAGCUGUGUUUUUAUAUCCGCCCUUCGAAAGCCCAUUUAGCUUACAAGCUAAUCGUCAUAACUCCUAAAUAAUUUUCCACUGCUGUCUGGUAACGCCAAAUAACAAAUAUGAUAAAAGCUAUCUUGAUUUUUAACAAUCAUGGGAAGCCACGGCUGAUCAGAUUCUAUCAAUAUUUUACGGAGGACAUGCAGCAGCAGAUCAUUCGAGAGACUUUCCAUUUGGUGUCAAAGAGAGACGACAACGUUUGUAACUUCUUGGAGGGUGGAAGUCUCAUCGGCGGCUCAGACUACAAGUUGAUUUACCGGCACUAUGCUACUCUCUACUUUGUCUUCUGUGUGGACUCGUCUGAGAGCGAGCUCGGCAUACUGGACCUGAUUCAGGUCUUUGUGGAAACGUUGGAUAAAUGCUUUGAAAAUGUUUGUGAACUGGACCUAAUAUUCCACAUGGAUAAGGUCCAUUAUAUCCUACAGGAGGUGGUGAUGGGAGGCAUGGUGCUGGAGACCAACAUGAAUGAGAUCGUUGCACAAGUAGAGGUGCAGAACCGCAUGGAGAAGUCGGAGGGCGGUCUGUCGGCGGCCCCUGCUCGCGCCGUCUCUGCCGUGAAGAACAUGAACCUGCCCGAGAUCCCCAGGAACAUCAACAUCGGAGACAUCAAUAUCAAAGUACCGAGCCUCUCCCCGUUCUGAGGAGCAUUCCAGCCGAGCUCUGCGGGGGCCGGCAAGCUGGACUCCCGAUUCAGCGCUCGUCUGCCACUCAGCUCCGUGGUUAACGUAGACAACACUGUGUUUUAUUCUCAUACCGAAGAACCACAGCGGCUUAGCCUUCCUUUCGUUCCAGUUGUGUUACGUGUACGGGAAAGGAGCUGCGUUUGAGUUGUGUAUUUGCAUACCAGCCUAUUUAAGAUAUUUGCACACUUAAAAAGUUUGAUUCUACAAACCUUAAUCAAUAAUUUAUAUCUGUAUUUUCUGCUCCUCGUGAAGGGUUUUAAUUUCUGCAGUUAAUUACUCUUUACCGGAUAAAUAGAAAGGCUGUUAGCUCCGUGUGAAUUUUCCCAGCCUGUUCUGCUGUUUGUGAUUCUAAGCAAACUAAAAAUUAAAAAAAAUGACUCCUGAGUUUUAUUGGACCUCAUUUAGUCCAUGCGUAACACGAUGCUUUGACUUCUGUGCUUGUCUAUGAUAAUUUAAACAUUCGUUUUUUUUUUUUUAUGUGAUUGUUUUUUCCCCUCUGUGAUUUAUCACGUCUCUGUCAUCAUAAUUCAUAAUGAAUGUUGCUCCCUCGGGGGCGAAUUGCGUUCUGUCCAGAUGAUGUAAAUGCAGUUUGCUUCCAGCCAACUUUCAGCGUUAGCGAGGCAGCAGACCUUUAUUUUCGAUAUUUUAUGUGUUUCUCUAAGUGUUCUUGUGUUUGAAUCAGCUGCCAGGUGUUGUUAGACUGUCAGUAGCGUUUGAUCAUGGGAUCUUUGUGAACUGUGAUGGAAAGCUGGCAUGUUCUGGUGUCAAAGACAUUCCUUUGCCAAGGUAAAUAAAGUUGUGUAACUAUU